CCCUUCCUCCUCCUAUUUCCUCACUUUGAAAUGAAAACGAGGCAGACCACUACAGCUUUAAGGCUCCAUGUUUAACUUUCUUCAACAUUUUUUUGCAAGUAGAAAGUUUUAUUUUGUUUUACCCUUAUCUUUCUCAUUUGUAAGGUUUUUUUUUUCCAAGUAACACCAUGGAUAGGAAUGCAGGUAACGCUUUUUAUUUCCCAGAUAAUGUGCCUCUGUAUGGCAGGGACACAUAUGAGCGCUUACAAGAAGAAAAUGUUCCUGCCUCUGUAACAACAGUAAUUAACAUGAGGCCAUCUAUUCCACCACCAAGAGACCAUCUCAUCUGGUCCAUCUUCAGUUUUCUGUACAUGAACUUUUGCUGCCUGGGUUGCAUGGCUCUAACGUUCUCUGUCAAAGCUAGAGAUCGUAAGGUUAUUGGAGACAUGGAAGGAGCCCGCCACUAUGCUUCUACUGCCAAGUGCCUAAACAUCACAACUCUUACCUUGACCCUACUGACCGUGAUUAUUUUUGUCAUCCUUGUAUUUGUUGGAGUCAUUUUUUUCCCACAUCUAUAGCUCUUCUGGCAGAAGAUCCAAGUUUAACCAUUACUUCUGCCUAUGAUGUGACAUAUUCAGAACAAUGAAGAAUAUGGCAACCAUAAGCAAAAGGCCUUCAGUAUGUGUCCUGAUGACAGCUUUGGUCAUUUCUAUGUAUAGUUCAAUUUUCUCAUAAGCAAAAAAAAAAAAAGACUCUCUCAUGCUUUUAGUUAAUUAUAAAGAACAUCCAGAGCUAAUCUUUGGUGGAAAAUUACAGGAAUGUCCAACAAAACCUGAAAAAUGGCAGUGUAUAUGUUUGCAAAUCAUAUGUGGAUGGUAUUGUCUUUACUGCAGAUACAUAAUAAAGCUGUAUUUCAUUCUAAA